UGAAUUCACAAAGCAUCAUUAAAGCAUCAAUGGUUCCUAAAGACAUCUGGGAUUGCCCAGACCAGAUCGAUGAAGAAGAAUGUACUCCUCAAAUGCCUCACUUCACGAAGCAAUUUGAGAAUACUCUGAAGGAUAACAAAGGUAGUUCAAACAAAGCUGACUUUGAAGAAGUACUAGAGAGUAUAGGCAGCCCUGAAUUUUGAAGAAUCAAGCCUAGUGAUGAAGCAGUUGCUGGAAAGCUUCAAAAACAGAAAGUAAAGCGGAAAACUAAGAGGAAGCUAGGAGAUUAUAAACCUAACACAUAUAACGUUAAGACUUCUUCAAAGUGGAACGGCCUGAACCUUGCAGAUAAAGAGAAGAAGCUGCUGAGGAGAAUUCCUUCCGACCAAAUUCUCAAAGUGCUACUGACAUAAAUUGAUUUCUGGAAAGAAGAGGAACGUCUCUUUGGAAUAUAUA